AUAGCUGGUGGCACCGCACGCUAUCGUCCAGCCCUCCAAAGCCAGCCAGCCAGCCAGAGGCAUAGGCGGAUAUGCUCUCACCUCUCCUCCUCCUUCAAAUAAACUAAAUUAAGAAGUAGUAGAUUCUCUGUAUCUCCUUCUUCUUCAGUAGCAGUGUAGUGUAGUAGACUAGUAGUAGCUCAUUAAUAAUAAUAAAAUGGGUUUUGGAAAAGAGGGAGAAACAAAAACAGAAUUCGAAGAAGAGAAAGAAGGAGAUCAUGUUGAAAGCAGCGAUUACUACUUCGAUAAGAUUGGGAAACCCAUUCCCAUCCUCUCUGAUCAAACUGUUUCCCCUUUCCCUUUGCAAAACCCUCCUCUUCCCUCUCGCCCCCUCGCCCUCUCCCAAUCCCGCAGUCUCAUCUUCCUCGCCCAUCCCUCCGGGUUUCUCGUUGCGAGGACUAAAGAUGUCAUGGAUGCCGCUAUGGAUAUUAAGGAAAAAGGAAGCUCUUCUUCUUCGUCCAUUCAACAUGUCAGUCUUGUGGAUGUCCCUAUUGGGAAAGUUCACAUUUUGACACUCUCUACUGACUCCUCUACUCUUGCUGUUUCUGUUGCUGCUCAUAUUCAUUUCUUCCAUGUCCAUUCCCUUCUCGAUAAGGAGCAAAAACCGUCCUUCUCUUGCUCGCUGAGUGAACCAUCAUCAUCUACUGUCAAGGACAUUCAAUGGAGAAGGAGACCGGACAAUUCUUACCUUGUUCUUUCAAAUCAGGGGAAGCUAUAUCAUGGUGCUCUUGCUGCCGUCACCCAUACUCUUAAACACAUAACGGACAAUGUUGAUGCUGUUGAAUGGAGUCUAAAAGGAAAAUAUAUUGCUGUCGCAAGAGGGAGUCUUAUCAGCAUUUUGUCCUCAAAUUUCAAGGAAAGGUUCAGUAUAUCCCUCCCAUUCAGGUCAUGGAUUGCUGAUAGUGAUGAUAACUGCACUGUCAAAGUGGACUCUAUCAGAUGGGUACGUCAUGAUAGUAUCAUUGUAGGAUGCUUUCAGCAAACUGCAGAUGGAAAGGAAGAAAAUUACUUUCUUCAAGUAAUCAGCAGAAAAGAUGGCAAGAUUUAUGAUAGUUCUUCCAAGCCAGUCGUGCUAUCAUUCUAUGAUCUAUUUUCGGGUCUUGUUGACGAUAUUGUGCCCUAUGGAAGUGGACCUUAUUUAUCCCUGGACUAUUUAGAACAAUGUGGGCUUGCAAUUACAGCUAACAAGAAGAACACAGAUCAGCACAUUGUGUUGCUUGGUUGGUCAGUGGAGGAUGAGAUGAGUGAAACUGCAGUUAUUGACAUUGAACGAGAUACUUGGCUCCCUAGGAUUGAGCUUCAAGAAAACGGAGAUGAUAAUUUGAUCAUGGGGCUCUGCGUUGACAGGGUUUCCCUCUAUGGAAAAGUAAAAGUUGAAGUGGGGGUUGAAGAACAGAAAGAACUUUCACCCUACUGUGUUCUAAUGUGUGUUACUCUUGAGGGAAAGCUUGUCAUGUUCCAGGUUGCAAGUGCCACAGGAGCUAAUAUUCAACCAGAAGUUGAUUCUUCCCUUGAGGAUGAGGAAGAGGAUAUUGCUUUGGAACCUGAAGGGUGUGAUCAGUCUAACCUUUCUUCUGGGUUGCAUGAAGAAACAUUGGAAGAGAUAUCUCUAGGUCUUCAACCACAACAUGCGAGCAACAAGGAACUACAGCUCAAUAAAGAUGGUGGAAUUCCUACACAGAAGGACCUUGUUCCUUCUGUCAAGAAUGAGAUUCCUGAAAAACUGGAAAUAAAAUCACUUUCUGUACAACAAAGUGCGAAAUUAGGGCAGUCAUCUUUGAAGGCCUCAUUCCCAGAGAUACCUAGGGAAGUUGGAUCAAAUGCUUUACCAGGUGUCCCAUCUCAGUCAUGGGCAAGUGGAAAAGUUACAUUAUCAGCUUCAACUUUGAUUCAAGGAAAUAGACCCGAUUAUAAUAAUGUUCAAGUUGGUGCUGCAAAUGUUCCUAGUGACCUUGGCAGUAAAUCUUUUUGCAUGAAGGAUACUGCUGGUCAAUCAACUUCUUUCAAUGCUUCUGUUAGACCAGCUCUUGACGGGGAACAAAGAGGUUCGAUUGUGUCAGGGACAAUUGAAUCAUUGCCUGCCUUUCGAAGCUCACAGUUGUCAUCUCACGAAAAUUUUGCUUCAGCCAGGUCUCCAAACCACAGACUCAAGUAUUCAAAAGACAACUACAAAACUUCAUCCCUGAGGAGUUCGGAGCCAAACUUAUCAAAACAAUUUGGUAAUAUUAAAGAGCUAGCCAAAGAGUUGGAUACACUUCUGGAAUGCAUUGAAGAAAAAGGUGGUUUCAGGGAUGCCUGCACUGUAUUUCUGAGAGGCUCAGUUGAAGCUUUGGAGGAGGGCAUGGGAACUCUCUCUGAAAAUUGCAGAAUGUGGAAGAGCGUGAUGGAUGAGCGGCUUGGAGAGAUCCAUCAUCUUCUAGAUAAAACUGUGCAAGUUUUGGCAAGGAAAAUAUAUGUAGACGGUAUUGUCAAGCAAGCUUCUGAUAGCCAAUAUUUGGAACUCUGGAAUCGCCAAAAGUUGAGCUCUGAACUUGAGUUGAAGCGGCGGUGUAUACUAAAACUAAAUCAGGAGUUGACUAAUCAGUUGAUUCAAUUGGAGAGACACUUCAAUACCCUUGAACUUCAAAGUUUUGGUGGAAAUGCUGGAUUUCACACAGAUCGGAGAACUUUGCAGAUUAGAUAUAUGCCUUCAAGACAACUUCAGUCCUUGCAUAGUUUACAAAACACAAUGAGUUCACAGUUAGCAGCUGCUGAACAACUUUCUGAAUGUCUCUCAAAACAAAUGUCCAUGCUGAGUAUAGAGUCACCUGUAAGACAAAAGAAUGUCAAGAAGGAACUUUUUGAAACAAUUGGAAUCCCGUAUGAUGCCUCUUUUAGCUCACCAGAUGCAACGAAAGUUGGUGAUACCACUUCAUUGAAGAAACUUUUACUUUCUUCGGGUUCUGCUGCCACUAAAGGUAAGUCUAGGAGACACCAAUCAAGUGCUAUGAAAAGUUCUGAUUCAGAAACUUCAAGGAGAAGGAGGGACUCACUUGAUCAGAGCUGGGCUAGUUUUGAGCCUACGAAAACAACUGUAAAAAGGGUGCUUUUGCAAGAAAAUCAGAAGAAAAAUGUGAAUAAAUCAUUCUUGUUGAAGGAUAGGCAAAUUUUUAGUUCUGGCUUGGGGGACAUAUCCACAGUUCACCAAGAAGACCAGACAUCCCGUUCUUUCUUGCACCCAUUGGAAAGCAAAGCAGGCCUUCAUUAUGGAUCCCCUAAACAAACGUUUGAGAAAAAACCAACCGUUCCAUUUAAAUGGGCUACUGAUCCUCCAAUGUCAUCACAGCCUCUGGGCUUGCGUUCUCCUAUACUGCAAAAUAACAAUGUAGCGAUGGUAUCAGUUUCGUCAUCACUGGUAUCACUGCCAGGAGGAGAAAUACGUAGCAGGGAAGCCUACAAUAUGACUGCAGAUAAAUCUAAGAGUAUGUUUUCUCAAAUUGAGAAGCCUGAUUCUGUUUCCACCAAUGAGACCAGACAUAUUCAGCAAACUGAAACUAGGAUAAAUAAAAAUUCAGCAGACUCUACCGUGCCACCAAUGCAGACACCUUCGUUUCCAAAGAAACCAAAUGAGAUUCCUGUUUCAACUACCAGUAGCGUGCUUGCAAAGUCAGCAAUGCAAAGUGUGAGGCCUGGACCAGCAGACACCAAAAGUUCAUUUUUUGAAUCUCCCAAUAAAAAUUAUGAGCCUCCGCACUCUUUGUUAGGUGCCUCUUCUGUGGCUCCCACCCAACCUGGAAAAGUUCCUGAGAUCAAUUUUGCUACUAGCAAAAGCCAGCCUAGUGAAAAAGUUUCAUCUUCUCCAUCAGCCUUCAUACCGCAUGCAGUUUCAUCAUCUCUGAUGUCCAAUAUAUCACCAAACAUCUCAUCAUCAAUAUCUGCACGGAUGUCGUCAGCUGCAAUGUCACCGAGCACAUCUUUAACCAGUUCUAAGGUCACCACCGGCUCUAAUCAAACAGUUACUUCGACAUCAUUGUCAUCAGUUUCUGUCUCACCUGUUUUUUCUUCCGGUUCAUUGUCUUUUCAGGUCCCCAGGACAGAGCUACCAUCACAUGCUCCACCUCUAACUUCAGAGGUUUCUCCAGAGCUGCAACCCCCUCUAGGGAAAACUCUGCCUUCUAGCAAUCCAGGUCCUUCAUGUUUGACAUCAGAAUCCCUUGAAACAGAUAUUCAGCCUCUUAUGGAAAAACCUGCACGUAAUGUAAACCCCACUCCUACACCUUCAGUGUCAGAAUCACUUAAAACAGAGCCCCAACCUCCUGCUGGAAAAAAUCCACCUUCUGUCACUCCAACGACCCCUACCCCUUCAGCAUCAGAGUCCCCCAAAACAGAGGUUCCACAUCCUACGGGUGAAGUAAGUUCAAAAUCAGAUGUGGAUGUUCCUGCAACUGCUCCACACCCUAACCCUACUACAUUUGGUUUGAAGCUUGAACCUUCAGCAUCAUCUGUCCUUACUACAGGACUAUCAACUGGAUUUGCACCAGUAACCCAGCCCAGCUUGAAUCACUCUGGAAGUACUGCAUCUAAGGUGGCUCUGAAUUCUCAACCUCAACAGCCAUCUUCUCAUAAUGUUCCUUUUGGAGCACCAAUCCCGACUUCUGAUAGCGUUAGUGGAAAGAAUGAAAGUUUGGAUGUUGCAGUUACAGAAGAGGUUGAAAUGGAGGAGGAGGCUCCUGAGGCUAGCUGCACAAAUGAACUUAAUUUGGGAAAUCUUGGAGGUUUUGGGAUUGGUUCAACCCCUAUCCCAACUGCUCCUAGAGCAAAUCCAUUUGGCAGUCCAUUUGGUAGCACGGGAUCAAAUGUAGCAAGCUCUUCGUUGACCAUGACUGUACCUAGUGGAGAGCUCUUUCGACCUGCCUCUUUCAACUUUCAAUCUCCUCAGCCAUCCCAAAAGCCUCCACCAACAAAUAUGGGUGCUUUCUCUGGUGGCUUUGGCACAGGAGCAGUUGCUCAAGCUCCUGCUCAAAGUCAGUUUGGCCAGCCAGCACAUAUUGGAUCAGGACAGCAAGCACUGGGAUCAGUUCUUGGGACUUUUGGGCAGUCGAGACAGUUUGGAACUGGUUUACCUGGAAGUGGUUUCGCUCCUACCAGUGGUUUUGGUGGUGGCCUUGCUGCUAGUAGUUCAACAGGUGGCUUUGCAAGUGCUGCAACUGCUGGCGGGUUUGCUGGUGCUGCUUCUACUGGUGGUGGAUUUGCUGCUUUGGCCUCAUCUGGUGCAGGAUUUGCUGGUGUGGCUGCUGGGGGUGGGUUUGGUAGUGUAGCUUCUGGUGUUGGGUUUGGUGGAGUGGCUUCUGGUGGCAGUGGCAUUGCUGGUGUGGCUUCAGGUGGAGGUGGAUUUGCCGCAGCAGCCUCGAGUGCUGGUGGUUUCGCAGCAGCGCCUGCAUCUGGUAGUGGAUUUGGUACAUCAGGUAGUGGAUUUGGGGCUUUUGGCAGCCAACAAGGUACUGGAGGAUUCUCAGGUUUUCCUGGUAAUGCAGGAGGCAGCCAACAAGGAAUUGGUGGAUUCUCUGCUUUCAGUGGUAAUCCAGCAGGAACUGGAAAACCUGCGGAAUUAUUUACACAGAUGAGAAAAUAGAGUUCAGAGUUUUUGGACUAGGAUUGGAAUAUUGUUCGCAAAUGAAAAAUGUAUUUGGGAAAAUAGAAUGUAAAUUGAGAUUCACCCGAUGUGAGAUCACAUUCUGUCUGCAAUCUGAGUUCUGCUCUUUCUUA